CUGGUGCCUCAGAGAGAAACAAGCGUGCGGAGCUGCGCUCGUUCCUCUCGUGAUCGUGGGUCGGAGUCACGCAGCGUGUGUGCGUGGAAGUAACUUUUACAUCCCGCAGAGGAGAGAGUUCGAACCCGCCCGGGACACGCAGCUGCUCCAGAGAGUCGCGGUCAGACGGAGGAAACCAUGUCGGCCUCAACGGCGAAAGUGAGCAGGAAGGAGAACUCGAACCACGACGGCGCGGAGGAGACCUCCGAAAAAGAGCAACAGGAAGCGAUCGAACACAUUGAUGAAGUUCAGAACGAAAUUGACAGACUGAACGAACAGGCCAGCGAAGAAAUUUUAAAAGUAGAGCAGCAAUUUAACAAACUACGUCAGCCAUACUUCCAGAAGAGAUCGGACCUCAUCGCCAAAAUCCCAAACUUCUGGGUCACGACAUUCGUCAACCAUCCACAAGUUUCAGCUCUCCUCGGCGAAGAGGACGAGGAAGCUCUUCACUACCUGUCGAGGGUCGAGGUCACCGAGUUCGAGGACAUCAAGUCUGGAUACAGAAUAGAUUUUUAUUUCGAUGAGAAUCCGUACUUCGAGAACAAAGCUCUGUCCAAAGAGUUCAAUGUGAAUGAGAGCGGAGAUCCUGUUUCCAAAUCGACUGAGAUCAAGUGGAAAGCUGGAAAGGACCUGACGAAGCGUUCGGCUCAGACGCCGAACAAAGCUGGGAAGAAGCGUCAGCACGAGGAGCCCGAGAGUUUCUUCACCUGGUUCACCGACCACUCGGACGCUGGCGCCGAUGAGCUCGGAGAAGUGAUCAAGGACGACAUUUGGCCCAACCCGCUGCAGUACUACCUGGUCCCCGACAUGGAGGACGAGGACGGUGACGGAGACGACGACGACGAUGAUGAGGAGGGUCUGGAGGACAUUGACGAGGGGGAGGAAGAUGACGGUGAUGAUGAUGACGACGACGACGGAGAUGGAGAAGACGGAGAGGACGACGGUGAUGACGAUUAAACGUCUCGUCAAACUUCCCGACUCUUUCCCAGUCGUCCGUCUGUGAUCAUCCACCGGAACAAAAUAUUUCAUUUUGGGGUUUUCUUUUUUGUAAAAAAAAAAAAUCAAAAACAAAACAAAAAACAGCUUUUUCUUCUUCUUUUUUCCUUCUUUCUUUUUGUUGCUGUGUUGUCGACUGUCCGUCUUCUUCCUCUGCAGCCCUGAGAUCAUGUGACCAGCUCCUUACCCAUCAGCGUUUCUCUUCAUCUCCCAAACACGCAAAAAUAUUUUAAAAAAACAUAAUAAUAAUAAUUUGUAGCAUUCUGCACGUCCUCCUACGUAGAUUUAAAAUACGUACAAUAGCGAUUUCUAUGUCAGAUAGGAAAAGACAGUUUCUGUUGAAAGUCAUGAGUUGAAUAAAGAUGAGCCACGGUGCGAUGAUGACUCCAUCAUCCUCAACCACUUUUAUAUAUAUAUAUAAAUGUAUAUUAUAAUAUAUGUAGUGGUGGAGGGUCGGAGGCUUAUUUAGGAGUUUGUGAUUUAUUGUUCUGAUGGAACCGACGGAAUAGACAUGACUUUUGUUCCUUUUCAACUGUUGUAAAUGUUUUUGGGGAUUCUCACGCGUCUUGCUCAGACAGGAAGUGAACCACAGUUUCACUCUGGACUUGUGUUGGAUAGAUUUUCACGAUCUUGUUUUUCAGAAUCCGAUCGGCAAACGUUUGAAAUGUACAUUUUUUUAUAAGAAGAAAAAAAAACAACGAACCUUAAAACCAGAUUUUGGGGCUUAAAACCUUUUGAGACGGGAGAGAAGACGAUUUCUGUUUCUCCUGUUCACGUUAAAUUAAGUGUUACCAGUUGCUUUGUUACAAUAAAUAAAUGUGUACAUGA